AUGGUGCGGGGCAAGACGCAGAUGAAGCGGAUAGAGAAUCCGACCAGCCGCCAGGUCACCUUCUCCAAGCGCCGCAACGGCCUGCUCAAGAAGGCGUUCGAGCUCUCCGUCCUCUGCGAUGCCGAGGUCGCGCUCGUCGUCUUCUCCCCGCGCGGCAAGCUCUUCGAAUUCGCCAGCGGCAGUGUGCAGAAAACAAUUGAACGUUAUAGAACAUACACAAAGGAUAAUGUCAGCAACAAGACAGUACAGCAGGAUAUUGAGCAAGUAAAAGCUGAUGCGGAGGGCCUGGCAAAGAAACUCGAAGCACUUGAUGCUUAUAAAAGGAAACUUUUGGGUGAGAGAUUGGAAGAAUGCUCCAUUGAAGAACUGCACAGUUUGGAAGUCGAACUUGAAAAGAGCCUGCGUUGCACAUCAGGGGAAGAAAGCUUUACAUUUGAUCUUACAUGGCAGACAAUGCUGCUGGAGGAGCAGGUCAAUAAGCUGAAGGAGAAGGAGAUGAAUCUGCGCAAGAGCAACGAAGAUUUACGUGAAAAGUGCAAGAAGCAGCUGCCAAUGCUGAUGAUGGCUCCUCCGCCGCCUCCAGCGCCAGCAGUCAUCACUGUGGAGGACGAUCACCCGGAGCCGAAGGACGACGGGGUGGACGUGGAGACCGAGUUGUUCAUAGGAUUGCCCGGCAGAGAUUACUGCUCAAACAAAGACAAGGCUGCAGUAGAGAUCAGGUCAGGCUAG